UUUUUUUUUGCUGAAUAAAUUCACAAUAAGUUAUUUCUUAAAAAACCAAUGAGCCUAGGUUAUUCUAAAAGAUAUUUUUAGAACUAAAAGUGAAAAUACAUUAAAAACUCAAAGUUGGUGCUAUACACACCAUUAAUUAAUGUCCUUUAGAUCCUCGAAUGAGUCCAAUAUUUAUUGUUAAAAUAAAUCAUGGCAUUGACAAUCACACAUUUAUGUGGCUAGAAUUUAAUGCUACAGUGUAGCAGAUACUACCACAAAUUUUUUUUAUCAGAAUCAUAUUGAAAUCAAAAGUACCAAUUCUCACUGAUCUUGAUCACUUUUCAUCUAUAAAUACAAGGCCAUUACUCCCAUGGCUGAUCAUUACCCAACUCUCACAAACAUUUCUUCUUCUAAAAAUCAAUCCCUCCCCUCCUUACAAUGGAUGAUCACUCUUUUCCUUUCAAAACAUUAUUCUUAACACUCAUGUUGGCUCUCUUAACUUUCCUACUCAUAAAUUCUACUUUCAAAACAUUUCUAAAACACCCAAACAAAAAAAAUACCAAUAAAAAAAGUGUACAAUCACUCCCUGAACCAUCAGGGGUGUUGCCAAUCAUAGGCCACCUUCAUCUUCUGAAUGGUCAAAAACCAGUGGCCCGAAUACUCGGAGCCAUGGCUGACCAAUACGGCCCAAUCUACUCACUAAGGCUCGGUCAGUACCGAGCCUUAGUGCUGAGCAAUUGGGAGUUAGUAAAAGAAAGCUUAACAAAAAACGAUAGGCUUUUCGCCAACAGACCAAACAUUGCAAUUGGAAAAUACGUCUUAUACGACAGUGCUGCUUUCGCUGUCUCCUCUUACGGCCAGUACUGGCGCGAGCUUCGCAAGCUCGCGACACUACAGCUGCUCUCGAUUCACAGAAUCGAGCUGCUUCAACACGUGAGAGUCGCCGAAAUUAACUCCUUUUUAAAAAAUUUAAAUACCAAAAAUAAUGUAAUUCUUCCUCUAAGUGAGCUUUUAGAGCAACUUACGUUUAACAUAAACGUGAGGCUGAUCGCGGGCAAGCGAUUUUCGCCGGAAACCUUUGAAGAGAAGACGACCGAGGUGUUUCGAUUUAAGGAAGCUAUUAAAGAAGCUUUGCAUUUGGCUGGGGUUUUUGUGUGGUCAGAUGUGAUUCCUUGGCUUGAAUUUUUGGAUGUUCAUGGACAUGUUAGGGCAAUGAAAAGGACUUUUAAGGAGCUUGAUUUGGUCAUGGGGAAUUGGCUGGAAGAACAUCGUGAAGCUAGAGCUAAUAAUAGUGAUGAUAACAAUGGUGGUGAUCUUAUGGAUGUUAUGUUAUCGAACCUUACUGAGGAUGAUGCAGUGUUGUCUGGUUAUAGCCGUGAUACUGUUAUCAAAGCCACUUCAUUGAUUCUCAUCCUAACUGGGACAGAAAGCACAGCUGUUACACUAACAUGGACAAUCUCAUUACUACUUAACCACCCAAAUGUUUUGAAAGCUGCCCAAGAAGAAUUAGACACUCAUGUAGGAAGAGAAAGAUGGGUACAAGAAUCUGAUAUUCCCAAUCUCAAAUUUCUUCAAUCUAUUGUGAAAGAAACUUUACGCUUGUACCCACCGGGCCCAUUAACAGGCCCGCGUGAGGCCACACAAGAUUGUUACAUUGGUGGACACUGUGUCCCCGUUGGCACUCGCUUGAUUGUCAACCUAUGGAAAUUACAGCGGGAUCCGCGCAUGUGGUCGGAUCCCCUAGAGUUUCUUCCUGAAAGGUUCAUGACCACUCAUGCGGAUUUGAACUUUCGAGGGCAGAAUUUCGAGUAUAUUCCUUUUAGCGCAGGAAGGAGAUCGUGUCCCGGGGUGUCACUUGGUUUGGCUGUAGUUCAAUUGGUGUUAGCUCGAAUUGUUCAAGGAUUCGACUUGAAAAACAAGGAUGAUUCGCCUGUGGAUAUGAGUGAAGGCUUGGGCAUUGCUUUGCCAAAGCUUACUCCUCUUGAAGUUCGUUUGGUUCCUCGCCUUAGUCCUCAACUUUAUGAAUCACUUUAAAGUAUUUAUUAAAUUGUGUUAAUUUUGUGGAUUUAGUGUUAGAUAUAAAAUAAGAUAAAUCCAUGUGUUUAUAAUGUGGUAUCGUGUGUAUGUUUUUUCUUGAUUUGAAAAAUACUAGUAACAAAAGUCCUUGGCCUAUAUUUCCCAA